AUGAGUGCCCAUUCUGCGCCCGUGCCAUUCUGCCUCCGUUGGGGUAUCCUCGCAUUUGCAAAAGACCUUCUCAUCGAUCCCGCCUCGCGAGGUGUUACCGAUGUGUCGCAUUUAUUGGUGGCGGUGGCAUCUUCGCGAUCCACCGAGAUCGCCAGCCGCUUCAUCAACAAGAUCGGGGCGCCGUCGUCCUGCAUUGCGUAUGGUAGCUACGACGCUCUGGUGGCGGACCCCCGCGUAGAUGUCGUCUAUGUAGCCUCUCCACAUUCCCACCAUUACCAGAACGCCAUGCUCGGGCUGCAGGCCGGAAAGCACGUGCUCUGUGAGAAACCAUUCACUGUGACGGCUAGACAGGCACAUCGACUUGUCGAGACAGCUCGUGAGCGUGAACGUUUCCUCAUGGAAGGCAUGUGGACACGGUUCCUGCCAAUCUCAGCUCAGAUCCGCCGGGAGAUCCAGAAGGGUGCGAUUGGGCCCGUUAUUCGGGUCUUCGCGGACAACUCGAUCGGAACAGACGCUUUAAAGGAGCUGAAGGACAGUUAUCUGACCAAGAAAGAGUUGGCUGGAGGGGCGUUGCUCGAUUUGGGCGUAUAUCCGAUCCAUUGGAUCUUCCAGGCCCUUUCACCCAUGCCUGACCCAAAGCCCAGCACAGUUUUCUCGACAACCAUGCCCCUUGUCUCAGCCGGGGUGGACGAAUCGACAACCGUCCUUCUGACCUUCUCUGCCAAAAGUCCGUCGCCUGUCUCGGUGCAGGCGAUUGCCAGCGCCAGCCUCCGCGCCACUGCAGAUCCGGAUGGUCACACUCCAGUCGUACGGAUUCAGGGAGACAGAGGGGAGAUUCAGAUUUAUGGGCGCCCCUGGUGUCCAUCCAAGUACUGGGUCGUCAAACGAGAGCAGCGGUUUGGUGUGGUGGGAGAAGCGGAAGAGUUCGAGUAUCGCAUUCCAGGAGGCGGGCAUGGGCUUUGCUUUGAGGCGGACGAGGUCGCCCGAUGUGUCCGAGAUGGGCGCCAGGAAAGUGCGUCCAUGCCGUGGGUGGAGAGUUUGGCUGUUCUCGAUAUACUGGAUGCAGUACGCAAGGCUCAUGGGCUUCACUUUUCAGAUAUCGUCGAGGCGGAUGAGUAUCCACUGUGUAAUUUACAUGAUCGCAUCAUUGCCUUGUUGAAUCAGGCACCCGGCUCCCGUGUAACACGCGACCUUUCAGCGGAGUAA